GCUUCUUCAGGAACAACAACACGGCUACUCUUUCAACCACCUCCGUAGCUUGCUAGCCAACAUAAAACUGAAAGAUUGAUUAUUUAGACCAUGUUAAUGUACAUUAGCUAAUCUCAGUGUUUUAAACACAUUUCGGUUGACUUAUCUAAAUGGUUAACUUUAACCUAAUGUGCUUGUUCAAUUUGCAAACGUGUUAAAGAUUGAUAGUGUCUAGGCUAGUCGCUAAUGCUACCUAAAUUGCUAACUAACAUCCCUGACCAUGAGCUCACUAAACUUCUCCUCCCUUUCGACCAUGUUUGUGUACAUUAGCUAAUCUGUGUUUUAAACACAUUUUUGUUUCACGGAUCAACUGGUCAACUUAAUUUGAAAACGUGUUAAAGAUUGAUACUGAGGUUAGCACUAGGCUAGUCGCUAAUGCUAACUAGCUAGCUAACAUCCCUGACCAUGAGCUCACUGAACUACUCCUCUCUUGCUAAAGAAGAGGUCUACUCUAUGGAGAAAGAAGCUCUGGGACUGAACAUUGUCGUGGAAGAAGAAGAUGAGGGUGUUGCAGUGAAAAGAGAGGAAGAAGCUCUCAGAAUGAUAAAAGAAGAGGGGGAUAUUACAGUAAAAAGAGAGGAAAAAGCUUUCAGAAUGAUAAAAGAAGAGGAGGAUAUUACAGUGAAAAGAGAGGAAGAAGCUUCCAGAAUGAUAAAAGAAGAGGAGGAUAUUACAGUGAAAAGAGAGGAAGAAGCUUCCAGAAUGAUAAAAGAAGAGGAGGCUGUUAUAGUGAAAGAAGAGAAAGAAGCUUUUAGAGAGGAAAAGGAUGCUGUCUCAAUAAACGUGAAGGAGGAAGAUGUUUUGGGAGUGAAAGAAGAGGAGACAGAAUAUCAGAUUAACACCCGAGAGAGACAUGACUAUUGUGGAUCCUCUGGGGAGCCUCAACAACAUCCUGAUGCUGACGAGGCAGAGAAGAGUCUCUCCAGAUCAGAACACCAGAUGGACAACGCUAGCCCUUCCUCCCUCCCAGAGUCCCUGUGUCAUGCCUCUCCCGGUAGCACCUUACUGCUGGGUAUGAAGAGGUUGUCUGUGCUGCUGGUGGACUGCAGGAAAACAACGGGGCUGAGUGGAACUGUGAGAGGCAGAGAAGAGAAGAAUGGAUCAGAUUUAACUCAAAGAGAGAGACCAGACUCGGAGGAACCAGAGCCAGGUAUGUCCAAACCAGCAAGACGACACCAGUGCUCCCAGUGUGGAAAGAGUUUUAACCAGAAAGGACACCUGAACCAACAUGAGAAAAUACACACAGGGGAGAAGCCUUACCACUGCUCCCAGUGUGGAACAGGUUGUAACGGAUUAAGGGACCUGAAACAACACGAGAGAAUACACACAGGGGAGAAGCCUUACCUCUGCUCCCAGUGUGGAAAGAGUUUUACCCUGUUAUGUAACCUGAAAACACACGAGAGAAUACACACAGGGGAGAAGCCUUACCACUGCUCUCAGUGUGGAAAGAGUUUUAACCAGAAAGGACACCUGAAGCAACAUGGGAGAAUACACACAUGGGAGAAGUCUUACCACUGUUCCCAGUUUGGAACAGGUUGUAACCAGUUAAGGGACCUGAAAGGACCUGAGAGAUUACACAAAGGUGAGAAGCCUUACCAUUGCUCCCGGUGUGGAAAGAGUUUUACAACGAUAGGGACACUGAAAAUUCACGAGAGAAUACAUACAGGAGAAAAGCCGUACCACUGCUCCCAGUGUGGAAAGAGUUUUACAACAUUAUGGAGCCUGAAAAUACACGAGAGAAUGCAUACAGGAGAAAAGCCGUACCACUGCUCCAAGUGUGGAAAGCGUUUUACCCACUUAAGUAAUCAGAAAAAACAUGAGAGAAUACACACAGGGGAGAAGCCUUACCGCUGCUCCCAGUGUGGCAAGAGAUUUAGCGAGUUAGGAAGCCUGAUGGCUCAUGAGCGAAUACACACAGGGGAGAAGCCUUACAAAUGCUCAGACUGUGGGAAGACAUAUUACUCAUCACAGUCACUUAAAAGACACGUGAGAGUCCACACAGGGGAGAAAACAUGAAUUUAAUAUGGAGUAUGUCAGUUUGAAUAAAGAGUAGAUCAGAUUCCUUGUGUUUAAAUGGUCAGAUAAUCAAGUGAUAUUUGGAUGUGAUGCAUUUGCUCCAUUGUUUACAUUUGCAUUGUGGCCCACUGAUGAUUUAAUUAAAUGAAAUGUAUCACUGACUCUGUAAUGUAAAUUGUUAAUUGUAUGUGUCCACAUAUCUGAGUAUGUGACUAACCUUGUGAAACUGUCCUAUUAUAAUCUCCUGUUCCUGGGAGUAUCGUCCUGCGUUGCAAACCAGCUGCACCUGUGUCCUUGUAUGAAUAAAGUCCCUCCCAGGAACAGGAAACUAUAAAGAUAUGUGCUCAUCACCCAAUGCUUCAGGAAUUCAGACUGUCUACACUGCGCUGUGUAACUCUGUUAUUCUCUCUGAGCUCAGAAAUAAAGAAUCUUGGUUUGA